AUGCCAGCCAGAGGCAUAUCGGCCUCGUUCUGGCGCGGCGGGACCUCUCGUGGCCUGCUCUUCCGCGCAGAACACCUCGCGCCGUUCCCACCCGCCGUCCGCGAACGCAUCAUCCUCACGGCCCUGGGCUCGCCGGAUCCAGCGGGACGGCAAAUCGGCGGCUUGGGCGGAGGAGUGAGCUCGCUGAGCAAGGCGGCCAUCGUCAGCGUGCCGGGCGAGGGGAGGGCAGAGCAGGCGAUACACGGGGCAUUGCCGGGCGUCAGCUGGGCAGACGACGGCGAACGGAACGGGCGGACCUGGGACAUCGUGUACCGAUUCGCGCAGGUUGGGGUCAAGGAACCAGUGCUCGACUGGUCCGCUUCGUGCGGCAACAUGUUCACGGCGGCCGCCCUCGCCUCGGUUGCAACUCCCUUGAUACCCUACUCGACCCUCUUCGACCGCUCUCGCUCCCUCCCACGACCAACAGACGGCCAGCCGCUCCUCUUUCCGCUCUCAAUCCUAUCGGCCUCGAAUGGCGUCCUCAUGCGGGCACGAGUGCCAAUCGACCCGCUCACUCUGCUGCCGUGGGAGCCCGAAGCAGGUCAAGGUGUCGAGAUUGCCGGUGUUCCAGGUCGAGAUGAGGCGGGAAUCGAGGUGGAGAUGCCGCUGGAGGCGAGUGAAGGCGGUGCAGCGGGCUUGGUGAGGAGGAAUGCACAGGAUGUGGUCAAGCUUGAGGACGGCAGCGAGGUCACCGUCUCAGUUCUCACUUCCGGCCUUCCCAACGUCUUCCUCCCGAUCUCAUCCCUCGUUACGCUCUCCUCUCUUUCGCUACCCGAAGAUCUUCUCGAGCUUGCGCCGUCGGCGCUAAGCUCCAUCCCGUCACUUUCCUCAGCUCUCGAGCACAUACGCACCUCCGCCGCCCGCCAAUACGCCAUCCCUCUCUCGCUCGCCUCGCCCAAGAUUACCCUCAUUGGACCAGUACCAAGAAAAGGGUACUCUACGACGUCCGGCACGCAGGUCGCGCUGGAAGACGCGGACGUCCAUGUUCGGGCCAUUAGUUCAGGCGACUGGCACGCCACUAUUCCCGGGACAACGCUCGGCGCGCUCAACGUCGGUGCAGGAACGCCGGGAACGGUCAUUCACGAGUUGAUCUCAUCGCGACGGACGGGCGGCGCCAGUCGAGCUGCGGAGAAGGGAGGAGACGAGGUGGUGACCGUUCGGGCGGGACAUGCGGCGGGCGUCGCCGAGUCUUCGGUCCGCUUCGUGGACGGCAGGCCUGAGAGUGUUGUCAUGAUCAGGACGGCACGGGAAAUCAUGCGCGGCGAGAUCAUGUCGCCGCCCGUCUUGACAUCUGCACUGCUCGCACAACAGGCUAUCGCUGCCGCUGCCUCGGCUUCCACGUCUCGUUCUUCCAGCCGACCCCGCACUUUGAGCGGCGGAAAAGACCUUCUGCGCGAGGACGUCUGCGACCUCUCAGACGAGCCUGAAGACGACGACACGGACUUCGUCUCGGACGAGGAGGACGAGUUGAUUGAUGAGCGAUUUUUGGACCCCAACUCGGACGAGGGCAUCGCUACGAGGGUCACGGCAUAUGCGAGGGAGCUGUCUGCACCGGCGAAACGUUUCCUGAGGACGUUUUCCGUCGAGUUGUUGAGGAAUGCGACCGCUUACCUGGAGCGACUCGAAGGCGACGACCUGGUGCUCGAGGCGCGAAAGGGCGACGAGGUCCUCUGCCUUCGACGGACAAACUUCCAGGACCUCUGCGUCGUCGAUGAGACUCGCCCACUACUCCAAAGCCCGCUAGACGCCGAACCAACAGCGUCACUGGCCGAGCUUCUACGACGAGGAGGUAUCGACUCUACGGAAACUUCCGCUCGCUCGCCCCUACCUCGCCGCCAUCCCCAUCCUCCCUCGCCAGCUGACAAUACCGAUCCGCCUGCCCGAUCUCGCAUUUCCAACUCUGCUCGCCUCUCACCCCAAAACCUUCAAGCUUUCGAACAGGGAAGGUUGCGUCCUCCCCGUCAGCCUUCGACGUCGUCCGCCCCGAUUGCCGCACACCGAAGCGGAUCCAACUACCAAGCUUUGCGUGCGGGAGAGGCGGCGAACGCCAACCGAGUUGAGACUCUCAUGCAGAGUUCUCGAUUCCACGUAGCGACGGAACGACGCGGUACAACGGCACUCGGGCGACUCUUGGGCGACGAGACGGCGCAUCCGGGCGUCACGGGCAAUGCAGGCGACGCGGUAACUACGGUGGAGCAGGACGGGCAGACAUCGAGGGUACGCGUGACGGCGCCAGAGCGAGGUGUUGAGUUCGAGAUGGUCCUCUACGAGGAGGAGGAAGUAGAGGAAGAGCAGGAAGGCGCGGACGAUCCGGCUGCGGAGGAGGCUGAGCGGGAGCGGGAAGAGACAGAGCGUCGUGAGGGCUCGGCGAGGCUCAACGGUGAGGACGAGAUUGGGCGAUGA